AUGGUCGUGACUGCUGCUGCUCUAGUGAAUGGUGAUGUCCGUGAUGGUAUGCUCAGCCAAGCACCUACAGUAGAGGAGGCCAAUACCGUUGAGGAGGAGGCAGAAGAGAAGGAAGAUUGUUUCUAUAAUGCCCAUAGUGUUAACACGCAACAAUCUGCCACGUCUGGAAAGUCGGAGCAGAUGGUCAUGCCAGCUGGUCUGAAUAGUGAAGAGGGAGACUCUGGCAGAGGAGUCCAUCUCCUAGAGGGAGGUCGAGAGGCACUAGAGGCAGCAAUAGAGACUCCUAUUAUCAAGAGGAUCGUCAUAGGGAUGACCGAGGCAGGAGAGGACAAGGCCUCUCCUCCUCCUCCGGCUCCUCAAGAGGAGUUGCCUCCUGUUGAUGAUGGGUCUGACGGAGAGCUGCCAUUCCCGUACAAUCAGAUGGGAAAUAGUGGCGUUAGUGAUGAUGAGGAUCCUCUGGGGUAUGGGGACGAUUCCCCAACCAGUGGCCCUGAGGGGACUAGUCAAGAGAAGGAAGGUUCGACUAAGGCGGAAGACAACACUCCGUGGUGGCAACGGUUCCAUCCGGCUAAGCCUCCACCGCCGAAACAGGAUGGUUUCAAUGAUGAUGACAUGGCAGCUCAAUUUGGAUACGCUGGACAGCAGGCCUGGGGUCAGCAGCUCCCAACAGGGCAGCCGGGCAAUCCAACGUUCCAACCUCGGCAAAUGAAUGCUCCCUUGCCACCGCAGUUCCCUCCACCCCCACCAGUGGCUGGUGCAGGAGGGUAUGGCCAGCAGCCUCCACCACCUCCUCCGAGAGCACCACCACCCAGCACACUGAUACUUAGUAAUAUUCCUGCCGAUGUAUCCUUACCGGCUUUAUUCCAGCAUUGCCAGAAAUACGGGGAAGUGAGUGGAGUUCACUGCAAGCUGGAGGAGGGCAAUGCUACGGUGGAAUUCACUAAUCGGCAAUCGGCAAUAGCGAUGAUGGCCGAGCCCGUUUUGGGUCAUCCUGAGAUACAGGUAAAGUGGCAAGUGACGAACCUACCGGCUGGAUCACCGUCGGCGAUGCCUCAGAUGGGAGGAGCUGCAAUUGCUUCGUCUCCGGGAGGUGGAAGGCCAGGUGGACGAGGAGGAGGGUAUCGUGAGGGUGGAGGAAAGGGUUUCCGACAACAACAGCAGCAACCUCGACACGCAGGUAAUUUAGUAUUGGAAAAUGCUGAGCAUCAGCAUCAACGAGCGGCGAGGGAGGCGAAGCAAGCACAGGAGAUGCAACGUGUGGCGGUGUUAUCGAGGAUGUCGGAGACUGUCAAGCAGCUACUAUCGAAGUUAACGGAUGAAAAGACAUCAGAGACUCAGAAGGAAAUGUAUAAGAAGAUGCUAGAGAAGGUGAAGGAACAGAUGCAUGCACUAUCGGAAGAUAUGCAGAAGGAGAAAGCGGAGAAGGCUAAGGCUCGAGAUGCAGCGAUUCGGGCACGGUAUGCGGGUAUGCAAGCACUUCAGAAGAAUCAGUCCAAGGAGUCCCAAGACCGAAUGACGUUGGAUAAUCGGCCGAGAGCAGUGCUGUUGGAGGAGAUGGACUCGGAUUUCGAUUCGGUUCCAGUGGUCAUGGAAUAUUUCAGGGUCCUGGAUGUAAAGGGUGUUCGGGACUUCAUAUGGAGGGAGGAUAGCUGUAUCGUGCGCUUCGAGAGCCGAUGGGCUGCUGAAGAGUUCGUUAAGCAAUCGACUAAAUUCCCUUUUAAAUGUUCCUAUCUAGCGAACGAGACAGCGGAUGCAGCGGCUAAGGUGACGGAGCCAAUGCAGCCUCUUCCUCCUGGUGCUGGUGCAGUGAUUGGCGCCGAGGUCCCUGAGGAUGAUGAACAGCCUGUUGGACAAGUUGCUGAUGGGGAAGGGAAGCAACCGGUGGUGGUGGUGGAGGAGGAGGAAGUGGAGGUGAUGGAGGUUGGAGAAGAAGAGGAUAGACCAGAGCAUCCUGGAGUGUAUGCGGAGUUACGGCAGGUCCGGGAGCGGCUCCAUGAGGAGAGCGUGAACGAGUGGCACGUUCGAAUGCUGAAUGAUGGUGCUAGAAAUGUGGCCUACAAGAAGGCGAUAGCAGAGGCGAUGCGGGAUAAGGAAGGUCAAAUCGAUCGAGUGAUCGAUGUGGGUUGCGGUACUGGAAUUCUCAGCUACUACCUGGCGGAGUGUGCUCCAAAGGGAACUGAGAUCACUGCAUGCGACUGCAGUUGGGCGCUUUGUGAGGUGGCGAGGCGAGCGUGCGGUCCUCGAGUGAAGGUUAUACAGGCAGACUCGGCUGACUUGGUGUUGGAGGCACCAGCGGAUAUGGUCGUGGCUGAGCUGAUGGACUGUGCAUUGUUGGGGGAAGGGUUCCUGGAUGUCGUGAGGGAUCUGAGGAGGCGGGGGCAGGUGAAGGAGGAAGCGCUGGUGAUACCGGAGCGUGGUACAGUGUAUGGCUGUGUGGUCGAGUCUGAUGUUAUACGAGAAAGGAACCUCUAUGUGGGGGAGAAUGUUCGUCUGGAGGAUGGGUAUGGGAGCAUACAUGGUCGGGGAGGAUUCCAGUACAGGGCGUUGACGAAUACCUUCAGAGUAUGCUCAGCUGAUUUCGGCAGUGGGCAGGUUGGGGGCCUUGGGGUUAGGGAGGUGGAGGUUAGGGAAGGAGGGGAGUGUGCAUGCGUGCUGGUGUGGUGGGAAGCGACCUUGUAUGGCGAUAUCAGAAUUAAUAGUGUCAAGGACUGCGACUGGGACUAUGCGGUGUUCCCAUGCCCUCGUAGGAAGGUGGAGGAGGGGGAGACUAUCAGAGUAAGGGUGGCGUAUGAGGAGUCUAAGCUGACUGUGGAGUUUGAUGGCUCGUAUGCUGUGGAUGCUACUGAGGCGUCUGAGUUCGAUAUUAUGACUGCUAGUAGUAUUCGGAAAAGGGGAUGCUCUGGGUAUCGAUCCGGAGACCUCUCGAGAGGAGGCCUGGUGCUUGAUCUCACUGGAGUAGGUCACUCGAUUGCCCCUUAUCUGCUUGCUGAGGGAUUCUCCGGAUCAUUACUAUCAUGGAUGCCGAGAGAAGGCGAUGGUCUGUGGUCGCUAUUGAGAGAUCAGCUCGUACACUUCCGCAUAUCGCCGGAGGACUUCGCCAAGCAUGUGUGUGUAGUUGAGGCCAACUCCCAACGCGAGUUCGUUGAGGAGAUUCAAUUCCGUGGACUCCUGUCGGGCCGCCCUCUAGAGAGGGUCAUCUUCCAACCGGUCCUACCUUGGGGGGAAGUCGACCCUGAGUCGUGGGAGAUCGUAACGUCGUUGAGAGAUGAAGUGGCUAUCACUCCAUCGCAGGUCAUCUCUUGCAAGGGGUGUUGGACGGGAAGUGCUGCAGUUAGGACGGCGACAGUGGUGGAGGAGAGGAGUGUGCCUGAGACCAUCAGGGAAGAGGUCAAUCGAGGCGAACUACUCAGAGUAGAUAUGUUGAAGGACUUCCCGCUGGAAGAUCUCCAGAUGAUAGGGGAGGCCGUGCCUCUAUUCGGUGUCGAUGUUGUUAGUGGUGAAGUAUCUAUGAGUUGUUGUUCAACGCGGGAGGGAGGUGGUUUUACAUUCGGUAGCAUCCCGGUUCGAAUCCCAGAGGGAGCAACCGGUCUGGUCUUACAAUACACCCCAUCCCCUUUACCCGUUACUGGCCGCUGUGUGAUCCCAUGUAGAGGGGAGGGCGGAGGAUCAGCGGAAAUCAGAGUAGCAUGGGCCUCUCAACCGACUCCCACCGGUUGGUAUGUUGGAGGGGUCAGGGGCUCCUUGGGCUGGCUGGUAAUCAAAUGGCAUACAAACGAGAGACCACGGUUGGUAGCCUUAGUAGAAGCGUUGUUGGAGGAGGGGAGGGUAUCCCUCCGUCGCCUCAAGACGCCCAUGAAGGAUUUUGCGGGGGUGCAGGGGACCAUGGGCUCCUAUGCUAAAGCGUUCCGGUGGGGCUCACAGAGGAAAAAGGGACGCUGGUAUUAUCGCUAUCAUAAACCACUUGGUCACGGCAAUUGGCAGAAAUACAUUGAACGAUACGAGACCCCGAGGGAGCUCGAGUCGAGGCAGAGGCUGGUCUUUUCUACCAGGGCAGAUUAUAGGACAUACAAGCAGGCAAUCAGUUGGCAGUGGAAGCUCCCAAAGGCUAUUGCAGAGGCGACUACAGUGGAUGAGGUCCUAGAUGCAUGGAUGCUGUAUCGACAUCGACAGUUUAAGCAACAUCAUCAUUUCUUCAAGGUCUUGCAGAGGCUCGUGGAGGUACAGAGUAAAAGUGGUCACGUCAACCCGAGCGACUGGAGACUAGCGUUUAUCACGAAGAAAUUGCGAGGACGAACGCAGCAGUUAGUGAACACCCCACGCUUAGCGAGGCUGUACUCCCGGCUGGGCUCUGGUGACGGCAUGUGGUUUAUGGUGGAGAAGUGCACUCGAUACCUCUCGAGAGAAUACAUGCUAGCCAGGUAUAAGCCUUAUCAGCUGGUCUGGAUAGCAGACGCCUGGGGAGCCUGUCGGUUGCGGGAUACCUUCUUAUUCGGGAGGCUGGCACGGUACUUGUCUCGAGUGGUACCUCAACUGACCUCUGACCAGCUUCUGACGGUAAUGGAAGCCUAUGGGAGGUGCGAGGUCACCCACGCUGCGUUGAUGGGGAGGAUCCUCAACGAGGUCCUCAAGCGGAAGCUCUCAGUACAGCAGUACGCUAGGAUGGCCGCUGCUUUGGGUCUCUUACGAGUUCAGGAUUAUACAGCCCUGGAAAUGGCCGCUCAUGCUGCCGUUAAUGCAAUAAACGCUGGAGUCGGGUACACUACGACAGAUUUGGUCACCAUAGCAGAGGCUCACUCCAAGCUGAAAGUGAACGACACGAAGCUGUUUCAAAACGUAAUAGCCGCUAUCUUGGUCUAG